AUGUCUUCAAACGCGUCGACGUUGUCAUCUGAAGAUACCUUGCUCUCAAACGUACAUCGUGGAACAGCCUUUGAGAACCGUGCAAUGCUCAUGCUACGCAAUCUAUCUAUGUCACUUUCUCGAAUCGGUGGUCGAAAUGACGGUGGUAUCGACCUGCAGGGCUGGUGGUGGGUACCCUACCCGUCUCCCAUAGCUCACGAGCAAGAAUCCGGUAGCACCACUGACGGUGUUGGAAUUCCUCGCCGCCGCAUUCGUGUACUCGCGCAAUGUAAAGCUGAGCGCAAGAAGCUCGGUCCAAACUACGUGCGUGAGAUGGAAGGUGUACUUCACCGGCAUCUUCAUCUUCCUGGCUCUGAGGAAGAGAGAAAUACGAAGCUGCAACCGACUGUUGCGCUUCUGGUAUCGGAAUCAGCAUUCACGAAAGCGACUAUCUUAUGUGCAAUGUCGUCUCCACUUCCUUUCUUUUUAUUACAUCUUCCGCGUGUUACUUCCUCUCAUCCCACUCAAACAAGUGACAAGGAAUCAGACUCAGCGUCCCCCCUUGAUUCAUUCGGUUCUGCUAUUUGGAAUCCAGCUCUUGGCGGGAGCGGAGGUGUUCUGGGUGGGGAUGUCGAUUUGCGAUGGGAAAUGACACAGACUCCUAUGAUUCACAGUCGUCCGUCACUUUGGUGGCACGGUAAACGUCUGGAAAGUUGGGCACCUAUUCUUGAGGAAUGA